AUGGCGGUGGUGAAUCAGCAGUUGGAAGAUGAUAUCAACCAUGGAUCAGGAGGGAGCACAACUUCAAUUGAUGAUAUCGCUAGGGUUAAUGCUUCAAAAGAGGCGGAAAUAGAGCGGUUGAUUCGCCUAUACCUUAAAAUUAUGUGGCCUACGAUUCAUGCCAAUUCUGAAGAUGAUAACAACCAUGGAGCAGGAGCAGGAGCAAGGACAAGUUUAGUUGAUGAACUCGCAAGGGUUACGGCUUCAACAAAGGCGGAAAUGGAGCAAGUGGUCAACUUAUGUAAGGGAACUUUAUGGCCUAUAAUUUCUGCAGAUAUCAACACAAUGCAGCAAAAAUUUCUUUCGGUGAUAAAAGAGAAAUCUGGCUUGGAUCUGUUGAGGGGCAUGACAUGGAAUUCUGGUAAUACAGCAAGUACUUCAGGAUCAUCGGUUUUCCAAUUUCAAUUCUCAAAUGGAAUCUCAACACCAGUUUCUACAGGCAAGAAUAUUGAAGGAAAAGACAAUAAACCCUUUGUAGUAACUUUGGUUGAUCAAAACUCAGGGCAGAUUGUGAAGACCGGGGCUGAGUCUGCAACAGAAAUUGAAAUAAUAGCUCUUGAGGGUGAUUGUGAUGAUUUUGAAACAGAGAAUUGGACUUCUUGUGAAUUUAACAAUAAGAUCAUCCAUGAAUGGAAUGGAAAGAAAGUACUUCAAGGAAACACUUCCCUAAAACUAAAAGAAGGUAUUGUUUACGUAAAUAAGAUUUCAUUUACACACAAUUCAACCUGGAAGGGAAAGAGAAAGUGUAGGCUGGGUGCAAGGUCAAAGGAUGCUGUUUUUGGCACUUGGGUAAAAGAAGCAAAAACAGAAUCCUUUCUCCUUAAAGACAAGCGCAAUUUCAAGUACAACAAGCAUGAGAAUCCAUCCUCAUCCGAUGAAGUGUAUCGAUUACAUGGGAUCAACCAUCGUAGUGAUUGCUCUAAACGUUUGAUAAAAGAAAACAUAAAAACUGUGAUGGACCUCCGUACUCUCAAUGCAAUUAAUCCAGAGAAGCUCAAAGAU